ACGGAGAGAAAUCCCGCGGCUCCCAGACAACUAGCUGCACAUUCGAUCGUCUUUCAACUUUUGUUCAAUUUAGCAGUUUGUGUCUUCGUGAAAAAUUUUACAGAAACAGAAAGUUCAUUCUCGUCGGAGACGAUAUGCAGUCGAUGCUCAAGGCAUGUAAUUAAAUUUCUUAAAAUAAAAGCAAAAACGGAAACAGGGCCCGUGACGAAUCUGCUACUUCCGAUGUAAAGGUCCUGUCAGUCAAGGAGGAAGAAUCUUCCGUCGCUUCGAGCUCGGCACCAGGCCCCGUGGGAAAGAAAGCCCGAGCCUUCCGGAGGUGAGCGGGAGCGGUUUGGUGGGAGUAGGGCCCACCCUGGCGAGAAGGACGAGGGAAUUCGGCCUGGACGAACAUGAACGAUUGGAUGCCCAUCGCCAAGGAGUAUGACCCGCUUAAAGCUGGCAGCAUUGAUGGCACCGACGAGGACCCACAUGAUCGAGCUGUCUGGAGGGCGAUGCUGGCACGAUAUGCCCCCAACAAAGGUGUCACAGGAGACCCCCUCCUCACCCUGUUUGUGGCGAGACUAAACCUGCAGACCAAAGAGGAGAAGUUAAAGGAAGUAUUUUCCCGCUAUGGGGACAUCCGGCGGCUUCGGCUGGUGAGGGACUUGGUCACGGGCUUUUCGAAGGGCUACGCCUUCAUCGAAUACAAAGAGGAGCGUUCUCUGCUCAAAGCUUACCGGGACGCCGAUGGCCUGGUUAUUGACCAACACGAGAUAUUUGUGGACUAUGAACUGGAAAGGACUCUCAAAGGGUGGAUUCCUCGGCGACUUGGAGGAGGCCUAGGGGGGAAAAAGGAAUCCGGGCAGCUGAGAUUUGGGGGGCGGGAUCGGCCUUUCCGAAAACCCAUUAAUCUGCCAGUUGUUAAAAGCGACCAGUUUCGAGAGGGAAAGAGGGAGAGAAGGGAGCGAUCUCGAUCCCGAGAAAGACACUGGGACUCCAGGACGAGGGAUCGGGACCAUGACAGGGGCCGGGAGAAGAGGUGGCAGGAAAAAGAAUCAACUAGGGUGUGGCCAGAAGGUGACUGGGACAGAGAGAGGGACUUCAGAGAUGACAGGAUCAAGGGGAGGGAGAAGAGGGACAGAAGUAAGUAGACUCCAUCCCCUGCCAAGCCCAAACGAAGGUACCCGACCAGUAAAAGUGCAGGGAGACCUGCACUGCUUGUAUACGGAAUCCAAGUCCGGUGGUUGAAUAAAACUUACUGAUGAAAACAAAAACAAAACAGAAAAAACUUACUAAUGAUGAUGGGGUUGGGUACGUUUUCUUACUAAUGAUGGUGGGGUUGGGUACGUUUUCUUUCGACUCUGGAAUGCAGGUUCAAGAUGAACACGCUACUUUGAAUUUUCUCUUCUUCAUCUUAUAGUUUUUUUGUUUUUUGGGGCUCAUGGGCGGUUUGCGGGAUCUUACUUCCCUGACCAGGGAUUGAACCCGCGCCCUCAGUAGUGAAAGUGCAGAGUCCUAACCAUUGGACCACCGGGGAACUCCCUUCCUCUUAUAGUUGUAAGGACCCAUUAUUUGAUAAGCUUGAGAAACAAUUUUGCAGUCACCAGCAUCUGUACAGAAAGACCUAUGUAAGGAGCCACGACUCAUUUAAUUUGGCAGUACGGAAUUUGCUUUUUCUCCCAUCUUUUGGAAAUGGCCAUUUUGAGGGCUUGGCAGAAAGAGGUGAUGACUGAAAACCAUUUGCAUUGAUCUGUGACUCCUGGGAACCCAAAUCUGGUCAGAAUCUAAGUUGUGUGUUUUCCACCUUUAUGUCCAUAGUGCAGGGUUUGCUGCAGUGAAAUAAAAAUGGGUUAGAAAAAUGAAUCCGAGGAGAAUGUCCAGAGACUUAGUACCAAAAGCCAGUCUUAGCAGUGAUCUGGGUCAGCAACCAGCUUCUCUUGAACAAAUAUAACUCCAUUCUCGAGCCAAAUGCUGACUACCUUUUUUCCUUUUCUCUUUUUGGCGGGGUGGCUGGCAUUUAAAAUGAAAACCCAGAGUUGCAGGGCUUUGGGGCUAUGGUCUGUGGCAAUCCUCCAGCCCUUGGAAAAGAGAAAGUUCAAAAGAAGUGAGAGUGAAAUGAAAAUGAAAUCAAUGAAAGGUUAGUAGCUAGUUCCGAUGGACUGAUUUGCCUUUUCUCUCUUGAUCAUCCAGCCUCUGGUUUGUUUGAAACUGGAUAUAUUGACCUGAACUUCUGAGAGCUUUGAAUAAGUGCCAUACUGUUCAUGUGAUCUUUCAAGAAAGUGACAUUCAACCUUUUUCUUUUAUCCAUGGCUGUGUCUUUGAAAGUUCAGGUUCUUAAAAUUCAGGAUGUCUCAUGUAAAGUAAAUGUCUGAUUUAGUAGCAAGACUCACACAUUCAUUACUAGGUUUUUGCAUCAGGAGUAUGAAUCUCAUCGUUACAUAGGGGACCUACGGUAUCUUAAAAGUGCUGUCAGCUGUUAGAACUGUUUUAGAAGAAUAUGCUCUUUCCUUUGUAAAUUUCCAGUGCAGAAUUUUACUCUUCUCCUAAAUCUCAGAAGACCGCCUUGCAGGAACACCUUUAUGAUUUCACCCAUGUUUCAUUUACAACGUGUGUUAUGGGCUAGAGUUGGUAGGUACAUUAGGUAAACAAGCUGCUCCACAUCAGGGAAGCUGAGUCGUGAGACAGCUUCAGAAGAAACACAGACAGGGGCAGCAGUGUUUACGUAGUGUUUACAGAGUCUAAGCUGGCGGCUAUCAACCCUGAGUACCAGAAUACCGAUGGAUGGAAAAAAUAGGCACAUUCAGUCCCCACCCCUGGACAUUUGGGCUUAGUCUUACAAUGA